AACAAUCUUUAUAAAACUAUUUAAAUGCGCUUUGAAUGGAUCUUUUUUCGGCGGCUAACGUUUAUUUACGCCAGGUGGGCGAGACGCGUCCACGUAUUUCCGAAUUGAAUUGCAACAUAUUCACAGAAGGCGGACCAGAUCCCAAAUCACUUGUCGAAAUAUCUGGCAAAAGAAAAAGCGGGAAAACUUUUCUACUAAUGCAAAUUAUUGCAAAUUGUCUUACGAACUGUGAUGUUAUAUUAAUAAAUAUUAACCAUAAAAUUGAAUAUCAAGUAUUAGGAAGACUCGUGCAGGACGCUGUUAAGAAAGCCAAUCCAGAUGCAAUAGACGUUCAAUUGCAAAAGAUUUGUGAAAAGUGCUUUAAUUCGUUGGAAAUUAUAAACUGUUUUUCAUCUCUAGAUAUUCGAAUGGCUUUAAAAGCAUUGGAUAAUCACAUUUUGCUUCAUAAUGAGAGAAUAAGUCUAGUUGCAAUAAAUGGACUUUGCGAAUUUUAUUGGUUUGAUUUGCCACAAAAUGUACGCAUUCGUAAAUACAAAUACUAUAUGAAUAUUUUAGAAGAAAUAAACAAAAUAUGCAAGAGAUUUUAUGUUUGCUGCAUUUACACAAUUGACAGCAGUUUUAUACAAAACCCAUAUGCGCCAUGUAGAGCGAUAAACAUAGAUCACAAAUUGCAAUUGGAAUACUUAACGAAUGGCAAGCGUAUGUUGAAUGACAAAGAAAUUGUCAUCAAUGAGAACGGAAUUCAGUUUAAGUAGAUAUAUAUAAAAAAUUGAAAACACAUUCUCGCGCCUAUUUAUUUUUAUUAACCAUAGAUAGCUACAUCGAUAUAAGCUAUCGAUAUUAAGCGAUACACUGAAAUUUAAGGUAAUCGACAUUUUUCACUAUUGGUGCCAUCUCCGGAUUUUCUGUUCGACGCGACGAGAAAACGUGCUAGUUUUUUUUCUAACAGGCCGCUUCUAAAUAAA